UACAUAAUUUAAAUGCACAUACAAAGAAAAGAAAAAAUAUGUCCCAACAUAAGCUCAAUAAUAAUCCAACUUGGUCCCUUGCUUGGUCUUGGCCAGUUGUCACUCCGACCCUUAGACUCCUGAUCACACUGUAAAAACUCCAGUCCAAAAGACAAGGGCAUUUUCGUAAUUCAUCGACCUCUGUGCUUCCCUCCCACUUAAACCCCAUGACCCAACUACUCCACAGUUCUCACCUCCACACUUGCUCUUGCUCUUUCAGAAAUCAGAACAGAGAGAAACAGACCUCAAUGGCUCAGCUCCACCCAAUUUCCACAUUCACCCUCCUCUUCCUCACAACCCUCCUGUCCUCUUUCGUCAUUUCCCACUCCCAGCCCCUCCUCAGCCCGGCCGAGCAGGCCUCCGUCUACCGCGUCCUCGACUCCCUCAACCCCCACGUCCCCUGGCGCACCCUCUUCCCCGACGACCUCUGCUCCUACGGCCCCCACGGUGUCGUCUGCGACUUCUUCGCCAACGACACUGAUCCCAGCGUCGUAACCGUCCACGUCUCCGAGCUCAGCUUCGGGUACGUCUCCGACUACACCCCCAACCCGCCCUGCUCCUCCACCGCCACUCUCAGCCCUCUCCUCUUCACUUCCUUCCCUUACCUCCGCAAGCUCUUCUUCUACCGCUGCUUCAACGAAACGACAGUCGUUUCGGUCCCUGAUAUUCCGGCGAGUUUCGGGUCGGGUCUGGAGGAGCUCGUCUUUAUAGACAACCCCUCUCUUGUUUCCCCGCUCAGUGGCAUUCUCCGUAAUUUCACCAGCUUAAGAAGGGCAGUUCUGACCGGGAACGGGUUUUACGGCAACGUACCGGAUUCCGUUGCCGAGAUGGUCCACCUGGAAGAAUUGACUCUCUCCGGAAACCAACUCGGUGGAGAGAUUCCGGUGAGUUUUGAAAAACUGAAGAAGCUGAAGGUUCUCGACCUGGGCGGGAACUCCUUCGCCGGAAAAGUGCCGGACUCGGUGGGGAGCCUCUCGGAGCUGUUGAAGCUUGACCUGAGCUCCAAUGGGUUUUCCGGCAAAAUCCCGGAGAGCCUCAAAAACUUGCGGAGGCUGGAGCUGUUGGACCUGAGCUACAACCGGUUCAACAACUCCGGCGUGCCUCUGUUCUUGUCGGAGAUGACACAGCUGAGAACGGUGUCUCUGAGUGGGAAUUUGCUAGGAGGGCAGAUUCCGGAAAUAUGGAGCAAGCUCGGGGGCAUUUUGGGAAUUGGGCUUUCUGGGAUGGGACUGGUUGGGAAAAUCCCAGCUUCAAUGGGGGUGUAUUUGAGAAAUGUGAGGUACCUUGGGCUUGACAAUAACAAACUGGAAGGGACAGUGCCUCAGGAGUUUGGUCUUUUGGAAUCUGUGAAUGAGAUUAAUUUGGAGAACAAUAGCUUAAGUGGGAGGGUCUCAUUUUCUUCAGCUAAAUUUGGGCACAAGAUGAAGUUGUAUGGAAACCCACAGCUCUGUGUUGAUGAUAAGGGUUUAAGGUUUGCAAAGGGUUUAGGGUUUGAGGAGUUGAAGGUGUGCAGCAAACAGCAGAAACCCAAUUCUGCCCAUUUCACAAUGGAUUCUUCUUCUUCUUCAGCAGUGCAGGUUGUUGUUCCAUCCAUGGUUAUGGUUUGUGGGUUUUUGGGUAUGAUUGUGCUUAUGCUUAAUUAGGAUUAGAGAGCCAUUAGAGGUUGAGGUUUAGGAAGUUUAGUAGGCCUUCUAACAGAGAAAGGAACAGGAUUUUGUAGUCUUGACUAGAAAUGAGUUUUGGGAAUUUGGGGAUGUGUAGUGAAGGUGGAUGUGGAUACAAGGAAAUUAACUAUGUAAUUAUGCACUUUUGUCAAUGGGAAGUGGAUAUAAAUGAUAGCAUUAUCUUUUGGUUA